GCCUGUCCUAGUGUCGCUGCCAGCACUAAUUCUGCUGCUGCCGUGCUACAUCGAAAUUCCCUCAACUGCUGCCCUGUAUACUGCCGCCUCCGAUUACGCGGCCGGUAGUUUACCAUGUGGAAGCCUCCAAUCAACUUCAUCACACUGCACUAUGCGUACAUUUUGAGUUUUGGCAUCCUGGCCAUGAUCAUCGUAUAUCCUUACGGAAAUAUGAGGGCCAUAGAUGCGUAUUACUUUGGAGUUAGCGCUUCCACUUCUUCGGGCCUGAAUCCUUUUGACCUCAAAGCGCUCAAGACGUAUCACAAAAACUUAAAGGAAUUCAUACAUAUAGCUGCUGCACACAAAAGACCAAAGAGUUCUAGACAUUCCGUCGAUCCGCGGAUUCAGGUCCUUGCUGAUGUCUCUGAAAAGAGGGACCUCGAGGGAGGUCCCCCAGCCGGGUCUGUCUCCAAAAUGAAGCCUGAAGUUUCUGGCAACCAGCAGAAAGAUGAAACCCCGAACAAUAAUCAUAUUACAUUUGCCCCUGAUCCUCGCUACACCGUCAAUGAGAAAGGCACAUUGCACGUCGCAGGACCGCGUGAAGGCGAGAGUGCCCAGCCUUCAGUCCCAAUGUCCGAUGAUGAAGACGAUGACCAGAUCAAGCCCGUUGGAGAGUUCAACAACCGGUUACGUCGCAGGCUAUCUGAGACAAGAAGUAUAAGCAAAGCAACCUCGAUAGACCGCGCCGUCUCAUCCAUAUUCGUCCUUGGAAGCACACCUAGUGGUCGCCGUAGUGAAGAAAAAUCGAGGCAGCCGUCAAUCGAUCUGACUUCGCUGAGUCCAGAAGAGUUGGGCGGUGUCGAGUACCGCGCUUUGCGCGUCCUCCUCAAAGUUGUUAUCCUAGGAUACUUCUUCGGUCUGCAGUUAUUUGGCGUUAUUUGCUUGAUACCUUGGAUUCAUCUUGCUCCUUUGAAGUACAAAGAGUACCUCGCCUCACAGGGUGUAGACAAGACAUGGUGGGCCAUCUACUCGUCGCAAACCAUGAUCAACAAUUUGGGUCUCGCCCUCACCCCAGACAGCAUGAUCUCUUUUCGCGACGCAACUUGGCCUAUGCUGAUCAUGUCUUUCCUCGCCUUCGCAGGCAACACAUUUUAUCCAUGCUUCCUCCGCCUUGUCAUCUGGAUCAUAUGGAAAAUCUCCCCGAACGAUUCCUCAACCAAAGAGUCUUCGAGAUUUCUGCUUGACCAUCCGCGCCGGUGCUACACGCUGCUGUUUCCCAGCACUGCGACCUGGAUCCUCGCCGCUAUCCUCAUAUUUUUGAACUUUGUCGAUACCCUCCUGAUUGUCACUCUUGACCUGGAUAAUACCGAAGUCAACGUCCUCCCCGCCGGCCCCCGCAUUCUCGCCGCCUUGUUUCAAUCCGCUUCGUCGCGCCACACGGGCACUGCGACAUUUAACCUCGCCAAUGUUAACCCGGGCGUACAAUUUAGUCUGCUGGUCAUGAUGUACAUUUCCGUCUACCCCAUUGCGAUUGGUAUUCGUAUGAGUGAAAGCUACGAAGACAAGUCGGUGGGACUGUACGCAGCGGAUGAGAGCCCCGAUGAUAAUACCGACAGCAAAACUUAUCUGCUCAAUCAUCUGCGCAACCAGUUGAGUUUCGACCUGUGGUAUAUUUUCAUGGGCGUUUUUUGUAUUUGCUGUUCUGAAAGCAAGAGAAUCAUGAGUCGUGAGGAUUGGGCCUUUUCAGUUUUCUCGAUAUUUUUCGAAGUCGUCUCGGCAUACGGAAACGUUGGGCUUUCCUUGGGGUACCCUACGAACCUUGCUUCGCUAUCCGGUCAAUUCAGCGUAUUUGGCAAACUGGUCAUUUGCGCUAUGAUGUUGCGUGGAAGACACAGGGGUCUGCCUUACGCACUCGAUCGUGCUAUCAAUCUCCCAAAUGACCUCGUCACCGAGGACGAGCAGGAGAGAUAUCGGGAUUUUGACACCCAAGGAACUAUCACAAACGACGGAACGGACAGAAAGGAAGAAGAGAAAUUCGAAAAGGGCAAGAGGUUGAUGAAAAGCCUGACACAGCAAUUCAACUAGAUCUUCUCUUCCCCACUGGGAAAAAAAAAAGAAAACAAUAUUUGUUUUCUUUCCAUGUUGCAUCUUGGAUGUUAGAUCGAUUUAGACCCACGGACAUAACGCUUGCAUACCAUCACGUAGAAAUUCUGCAGAAGAACUCGUCACGACAAAGACCAAGAAUUUAACAGCCAUU